AACUGCGCUGCACGCUAGUGACGUCAUUUCCAUCAGACCCGAAAACAGGUUCGUGGAUUUUGAUGGCAUCCAGGCGAAGGAUGAACCUGAAACCUGGCUGGCUGAUGCUCCUGCUCAUGCCCGCGGCAGUGUGGUCGGUGCCCAUCAAUCACGAUGGAGCCAGUCAGGAGCCUAAAGAGGAAGUUCAGGAAGAGAGCAUGGACACGGGUCUGUACUACGACCGGUACCUCAGAGAGGUGAUCGAGGUUUUGGAGACUGAUCCUCACUUCAGAGAGAAACUGCAGACAGCAAACACAGAGGACAUUAAGAACGGACGUCUCAGUAAAGAACUGGACCUGGUCAGUCACCAUGUGAGAACUCGACUGGAUGAGCUGAAGCGACAGGAAGUUUCACGCCUAAGGAUGCUGCUGAAGGCCAAGCUGGACAGCACAAACACACAGAGCCUUCAGAUGGACCACUCCUCUCUGUUGAAGCAGUUUGAACAUCUGGAUCCACACAAUCAAAACACCUUUGAGGCCAAAGACCUCGAGCUUCUGAUCUCAGCAGCUACAAAGGACCUUGAGAACUAUGACGCUGAGAGGCAUGACGAGUUCAAGCGCUACGAGAUGCUGAAGGAGCAUGAGAGGCGGGAGUACCUGAAAGGCCUGGACCAGGAGAAGAGGGAGAAGGAGGAGAAGAGGAUGCAGGAUCUGAAGGAGAAACACCGCCAGCAUCCUAAAGUCAAUGCUCCAGGUAGUGUUGCUCAGCUGAGGGAGGUUUGGGAGGAGACUGAUGGAUUGGAUCCUCACGAGUUCAACCCAAAAACUUUCUUCAAACUUCACGACACAAAUGAAGAUGGUGUUUUAGAUGAGCAGGAAUUAGAGGCACUUUUCACAAAAGAGCUGGAGAAGGUUUAUGAUCCGAAGAAUGAGGAGGAUGACAUGAUGGAGAUGGAGGAAGAAAGGCUGAGGAUGAGGGAGCAUGUCAUGAAAAACGUGGACACCAAUAAGGACCGACUCGUCAGCUUGGAGGAGUUCCUCAAAUCCACAGAGAGAAAGGAGUUCAAUAAUCCCAAAGAGUGGGAGACACUGGAUGCGAAGCCGGCUUACACUGAAGAUGAGCUCCAGCGAUUUGAAGCUGAGCUCAGAGACAAAGAGGAAGAGCUGAAGAGGAAGGCAGAAACUCUUCAUCAGGAGCAGGAGCUGUUGAGGGAGAGAGGCAAAGCCCUGGAGGCCCAGAAAAGAGAGUACCAGCAGGCAGUGUUAGAAUUGUCACAGAGGAAGAAAGAACAGCAGGCGGCAGUUGGGCAGCCUCCAGCGGGUCCUAAUGGAGAAUUACAGUUUCAGCCACAGACACACACCCCUGAAGAGGCCGAAGCCCCAGCAGGAGCCCGGAACAGCCUACCAGCAGAACCUCCACAGAAUCUUCCCAUCCACACCUAAUGAAACACACACACCUGUUUUACUGAACUGUGAUUGAAAAAUGUGUUUUAUGGGUAAUGUACAGCCUCACUGGCUUCUUCAUCUUAAUAUAUUUUGCUGUGUGUUCAUCUCAGUGGUCUAUAUUAGAUUUAAGAUGUAUAUAACACACAAGCUGUUAGUGCGUGCAUGUUCAUGUAUCUUCAGUUCCACUGAAGCUUUUUAUUCAUGCAAAGUUCUAAAAGUGCUAUCACAAAUAAAUAAGACCACCAAACCUGACGUUUUGAGCUCAUGUUUUUUAACAGAGUUGGUCAUGAGGGAAAUAAGCAAGCCUUACAUACUUUGUUCCUUAUUACAUGUUGGACUGUAUUCCCUACACUCUCGUUUUAAAGUGUUUGAAGGCCCAGUGAUGUCAUCAAAGUCAUCAAACAUCUUCUCUUGUCUCAUUUCCCUUUUGUUUAAGCAAAAGUUUCACCAUUCAGUGGUAAUACAUUUGUCUGGGUUUAUAAUUGCAUUUGUCCGUUGUCUUGUUGCCAGAUUGUUGCUUGUUAUGUUGUGAUAAAAAGCAAUACAAUAAAUGGAAUUAAUCAUUUUUA